AUGUCUGCUGCUCCCGCCACCGCCGGCUCCUCCUCGUCGCGACCACCCGUCAAGCCGCCCGUCGUCCAGCCCGGCACCGGCAACAACAUCAUCGUCAACCCCUGCCAGCGCCUCAACCCCGUCCUCGAGCACAUCCGCAAUGUCGGCAAGGAAUUCGGCGACAUCGUCCCCGACUUCCAAGUCGGGCGCACCACGGGCGUGCUCUUCCUCAGCCUGAAGUAUCACCGGUUGCACCCCGAGUACAUCCACACGCGCAUCGAGCGCCUCGGACACUCGUAUAACCUGCGGAUAUUGCUGCUCAUGUGCGACGUCAGCGAACACCAAGACCCCAUCCGCGAGCUUACCAAGGUCUGCCUCAUCAACAACAUCACCAUCAUCGUCGCCUGGUCACCAGAAGAAGCCGGCGCGUACCUCGCGACAUACAAACAGUUCGAGCACCGCCCACCGGACAUGAUCAAGGAGCGCGUCGAGAAGGACCACCUCUCGCUCCUCCGCACCGCCCUCACGAGCAUCAGCAAAGUCAACAAGACCGACGUCGAGACACUCCGCACGUCCAUCGGGAGCUUCGCAGACAUCGCCCGCGCCUCCUCCACGCAGCUCCAAGCCCUCCCGGGCUUCGGCCAGGUCAAAGUCCGCCGCAUGAAAGACGCCUUCGAGCGUCCCUUUCGCAACUCCGCCACUAGCAUCCUCUCGUACACCACAUCCCAGCCGCGCGCUUCUCAAAACGACAAAGGCGAGGAAAAGGGCAAGGAGCCGACUGUUCCCGAUCGUGACCCGAGCGUCCUCUGGGACGAUGACAUCGACCUGGGUGACUUCACUACUCCCGCACCGGAGCCCCGACCGCCUCCCGUGAACUGCGGACUAGUAGAGAAAGAGCCGCAGAAGGAUGCAGACGCGGCAUCGCAGCGCAGGAAGCGUCCACCUAGCCCUGUUUGGGACAUUGAGUUGGACCUCAAUCCAUCCGAUCUCGACGAAGGCGACGCCCCAAAUCACCCGAGCAAACGGCGAAGAGAAGAGGUCGGCUUUGGAACUCCAACCGGGGUACUAUGACACAGGAUGAAUUGAAUGGAACGGCGCCCGAUCUGUACAACCUCUCUACUAGAAUCUAACUGUAAAUCAUAGCUGUCAUCUACCUACAAUAACAUUGAAUAAUGUGCGACUAGCUUGCUCUAUGCGUAGAAUAAUAUAGCAAUAAUGACGUUGUUUUACCAAGCGUGCAGGAAAAGGGGAAGCGAGGCCCGAGUCUACGACACCGAGACAUUCGCCUUCCAAUGCUCACGCAAGGUCCUCGGCCG